GAUGAGUGACAUCUAUGUGAAAGGAUGGAUGAAAGGCCAAGAUGAUAUGCAGUCUACUGAUAUACACUACAGAUCUCUGACAGGAGAGGGGAAUUUUAACUGGAGGUUUAUAUUCCCAUUUGACUACCUAGUUGCGGAAGAGAAGAUCGUCAUUACAAAGAAGGAAACAUUUUUCUCACUUGAUGAAACUGAGACAAAGAUUCCAGCGAGGUUAAAUCUGCAAGUUUGGGAUGCGGAUCAUUUCUCCGCUGAUGACUUCCUUGGUGCUUUCACCCUUGACCUGAAUUGUUUCCCAAGGGGUGCUAGGUCAUCCAAGCAAUGCUCCACCAGUAUGCUGAAGACAGAUGGCAGUGUACCAAUGAUGUCACUGUUCAAGCACAAGCGAGUGAAAGGAUGGUGGCCAUUCACAGCGAAAGCAGAGGGGAAUGAUCAGGAACUGGAAUUGACGGGGAAAGUGGAGGCAGAGUUAAACUUACUGACCAUUGAUGAAGCAGAGAAACAUCCAGCUGGACUGGGACGCAAUGAGCCAGAGCCACUUGAGAAACCAAAUCGUCCUGAUGGUUCAUUCAUUUGGUUCCUGAGUCCUUUGAAGUCCAUUAGGUACAUCCUGUGGCGUAACUACAAAUGGGUUAUCAUCAAGGUUCUAGUCAUCCUCCUCUUGGCCCUUAUCAUUGGCCUCUUCAUAUACAACAUGCCUGGCUACAUGGUGAAGAAGAUGAUGCAUGCCUAGGAUACCAUCUGUAUGAGACA